CCUAGCAACACUGCCAUUCGUUGAUCAACAAAAGGAAGAAACUCACUUAAACGUCAAACAAAAAAAGCUACUGCUGGAUUUUUUUUAAAAAACCAACAUUACUAGUUUAUAAGUUCCCGAAAACAUAACAAUAUCUUGGAAUUUACCAAAUGGAAGAUCAAACGGCGGAUACAACUCAGUACUGUCGGCUAUGCCUUCAGCGAGUGGAACAUUCGGAAACGUCGGAUCCCCUAGCGGACAUAUUUGCCAGAAGCAAACCCGAUGGCACAACCUUAGCCGAGCAGAUACGAGACUGCCUAGGACUGUACAUUGACGCUGGAGAUAGUAUAAGAAAAAUAUGUGAAAAUUGUGAACAAACUAUCAACCUGAUUGACGAGUUCCGUAUCUUAUGCCAUCAGACCGAUGAGAUCUAUGAAUCGCUCCAGUUACAAACAGAGGAUAAAGAAACACGGAAACAGUAUCAAGAACAUGUCACGAAAUUACGAGUGCUUGUUCAGGAACAACGCGUCAAAGUCAACAGAGCCUUGGAGAGUGAAGAUCUUGAUGUGAAGGAAAUUUCUGUUGACGUGGAUCAAGAUUUUCGACCCUUCAUGGUCAAAACGGAAUCCGUUGAAAUUGAUACGGAAUGGAUUGAGGAUGUGAAACCGGCUAGCUUCCUGGAAAUCAAAGCGGAGUACCUAGAGUCGGAGGAAGAACCAAAAGAGGAUGCUCUCGAUGACGAUACAUUGUGUGCCGCAGAAUUAUUAGACCUCCAAGAUAGGGACGCGACAUCGGAAGAUGAAUCCUCGGAUGAACAAGAUGCAAGCAAGUCCACGAAAUUGCCCCUCUCUUUAAAGCUAGCUAUCGCAAAGGAAAUUAAAAAAAAUCCGGGGCUGCUGGAUAUAUCGGCGUCAGGCUCCAUAUUGGAUAAAGGCUGGAAAAAGGUAGCGCAGAAGUUCGGAAUGGACGUGCCUGCGAUUCGCCGACACUGGCGCCGCCUACGCUGGCAAUACGUGUCGGCCCGGAAACGAGAGGAGCAGGGUGUGAAGAAACGAUUUACGAAAAACAAAACCUACGUGCACUUGAAUGCAAUAUUGCAUUCGAUUUAUGGCGAUGGUUCCAGCAAUGUUCAAGAAUGCCCUGAAGAAGAUGAAGAGGACUGGCUCGGCAAUCAGGACAAAUGUAUUAGCCUUGCAGAAAAAGUGUACAACCACCCAAUCCUUUGGAGUAUCAAACAUGCAGACUUUCACAAUACGGAACGGCGUGAUCGGAUCUGGGAACAGAUCGGUGCUGAGAUGGGAUCUGAAAUGGGAUUUUUAAAAUCAAACUGGAAACGUUUACGCGACUGGUAUCGAAGUCGGUACUUACGGUUUCUAAAGAAGCGAGUUCAAAGUAAUGAUCCUAGCUUAAAGGAUCCUCUGUACAAGAUUCUCGAUACAAUGCUCCGUUCCAACAUGCGUGUGGGAGCUCGAGGAGGGGCACAAAACAUAAUCAAAAUGGCUCAAGCCACCCCAACGGAAUCCGAUGGCAAUGAAAAUUCGAAUCAACAGGAUCAGAGCAUUGCGGAAAAACCGUACAGAAUAUUUGACAGCGAAAAGAGGCUAAAACUUGCGCAGAUUUGUCACAGUUAUGAAAUAAUUUGGAAUACCAGACACCAAUAUUAUAAUUUUCCUGGUAAAAGGGACUCAUAUUGGGAUCAAAUAGCAGAACAAUUUAAUGUUACACGAGCGGAGAUUAAAUUUCAAUGGAGUCGACUGCGUGGGGUGUAUCGGAAUCGAUAUCUUCGUGCCAAAAGAGGUGAUAUAGCUAGUGACGAUCCGCUAAUUAACGAACCUCUCUACAAAUUACUGGAAGCUAUGCUUGGCGAAAAUAUGCUAGUGGGAGCGCGAGGUACGAGACAGACAGGACAGUUCAAAAGCUACGAACAGGAAGCUGGAAUGAACAAAUUCAGAACAUACGACAAUGAGCAAAAGAUGCAGCUGGCUGAGGUCUGCCGUAAUCAUGAAAUUAUUUGGAAUUCUCAGCACCCAGAGUACAAUAUUGCAGUCAAGCGGGAUGCCGCAUGGGAUCAGAUAGCGGAACAUUUUAAUGUCACACGCGAGGAAGUAAAAUUUCAGUGGUGUCGCUUGCGAAAUGUUUAUCGUUGUAGAUGUCUGCGUGCGAUGCGAGGACUGAUUCGCAAAGACGAUCCUAUUUUGACUGAUCCUCUCUACAAACUGUUAGAAACAAUGUUCAGUGAAAACAUGCAAGUAGGUGUACGCAGCCAGCUGCUUUCCGAUAAUCCCGUAAUCAAACCCAGUGACUUGAAAUCGUACGGUAGCAUUGAGCAGAGAGUACAGCUGGCUGAAGAAAUUUCGAAACAUGAAAUGAUUUGGAACAUGGAUCAUCCAGACUUUCACAAAUCGGAAAAACGAGGCAGACUCUGGAGACAAAUUGCCGCCCAGUUCGAAGUGGAACCGCACGUGGUGCGAGAUGAAUGGAAACGUUUUCGCGAUUACCACCACGCCCAUAAAGUGCGUAUCGCUCAAGGGGGCCAGGACGAGACCUCCACAGACACUCUGUACCAGGCGUUGAAUCAAUUCCUGUCUCCCAUAUGUGAAGGAGCAGUGAACAUAAAAGCAGAAAAAGGUAACAGUGAUAAUAGCCGAAAAAGACCACUUCCAAAUCUUUCGAAUAACCCCACUGUGAUGAAGCGUCGCUUCACUGGCAAACGACAGUAUGACGAUCUUGGAUGUAUUAGAAUCAGAGAAAACGGAAGCAUCCGGUAUCAUAAAAUCUGCGAGCUGUGUGGGAAGCAAGUCGAACGGUCGAUGUUCGAAUUCCAUAUGAACGGUCACAAUGGACUGACUCCGUACGCUUGCUCGUUCGAAGGGUGUGAUAAACGGUACGGCAACAGGAUUACCAGAGAUCGACACGAAGUGAUAGUCCACGGGGAAGAUGGAUUCCGAUUCGAAUGUGAUCAGUGUGGGGAGAAGUUCAAGCAGAGGGCCAAAUUUGACUAUCAUUAUGCGAUCAAGCACAAGAGUGAAGAAGUACCCUGUGGUAUCUGUGGAAAGCUACUAAAGCACAAGAGUUUGAUAAAAGACCAUGAACGGCUCCAUACUAGCAGUUUUGUUUGUAAAGUUUGCGGCAAAGUGCUUCAGAAGAAAUGGUCUCUACAUGUUCAUAUGCGUGUCCAUACACAGGAAAAGCCGUAUCCAUGUGAAUUAUGUGAUCAACGGUUCAUGCUGAAAGUUCAAAUGAAAACGCACCUCCUUAAGAAACAUGGCCUUCAAUUAGAUGAACUACAAUCAGCAAUUGCUGCACUUGCCGCGACUAAAUGAAUACGAUGAUCAAAAUGCUAAGGAUUUCUCAAAUUCUCUAAUCAACACAUCCGAAUACCCUCGUUUUACACAUUUGUACUGAUAAUUUAUUACAUUUUAAAAUUAUUUUUACAUCACGGGAUAAAUUACAUCUCAACAAAUCCUAGGAAGCGAGCUAA